AUGUCUCGAGAUCCGUCCACAGAACCACAUCGGCGCUCGCCCAAGCGAAAGCGAUCCGGGUCAAAGGGCAUCGGCACGCCACAAUAUGAUGGCGCAGCCGACGCGCAGCUCUCAUAUGCCUACGACGAUGAAAUGCCCAGCGAGCUGAACACGCCCGACCAGGGAAGUGACGAUGAAGGCGCGAAGCCGAAGAGGAGGAAGGUGGAGAGACCGCGGAGACUGAACUACGUGCCAUACCUCACCUUGCGCGGGCACAAGCGCGGCGUCGCUGCAGUCAAGUUCUCGCCCGAUGGGAAGUGGAUCGCGAGUUGCUCCGCCGACAGCACCAUCAAGAUUUGGGAUGCACGAACAGGAGCACUAUCACAAACACUCGAAGGCCACAUGGCCGGUAUUUCCACCAUCGCGUGGAGCCCAGACUCGAAGGUCGUAGCAUCGGGAUCAGACGACAAGAAUAUCCGCCUGUGGGACCUGUCAACAGGAAAGAGCUUACCGACUCCCUUGGCAGGACACCACAACUACGUCUACAGCGUGGCCUUCUCACCGAAAGGCAACAUGCUCGUCUCAGGAUCCUACGAUGAAGCCGUCUUUCUCUGGGACGUGCGAACAGCGCGAUUGAUGCGCAGUCUACCUGCUCACUCGGAUCCUGUUAGUGGUGUAGAUUUUGUGAGGGAUGGUACCUUGGUGGCCUCUUGCUCGAGCGAUGGCUUGAUCAGAAUAUGGGACACCGGCACUGGACAAUGUCUGAAGACGCUGGUUCAUGAAGACAAUGCGCCCGUGACCAGCGUCAAGUUCUCCCCAAAUGGACAAUAUGUGCUCGCAGGAACAUUGGACUCGUCACUGAGGCUCUGGGACUACGUCAAUGGUCGAUGCCUGAAGACGUAUCAAGGACACAAGAAUACUCAAUUCAGCAUCAACGCUGCUUUUGGAUCAUAUGGUGAGCUACCGGGCACGAUUUCGACGAACGGUUCUGAAAGUCCAGACCAGGCAACUGGACAGAAAUGGGCAUUUGCCGUUUGUGGCAGCGAAGACGGCAAGGCUUUCAUCUGGGAUGUCACCUCCAAGGAAGUCCUCCAAACCUUGGACGGACAUGAAGGUGUGGUGCUGGGUGUCGAUGUGGGCCUGGACGACCAGCGCAUUGUCACAUGCGGCAACGACAAGACUAUCAAAGUGUGGCUUCGCCAGCCCCUGCCUCCAGAUAUGAACGGCAAUGCCAACGGCGAGGCGCAGAACUCCUCGAACGGCACGCCCCGCGAAGACAUUGCGCCAUUGCUGCAAAGCGAGGUACCUUCGGAUGAGGAGCAGGCGAACACUCCAAUGCAAGACGCAGCAUGA